GCUUUUAAUUUGAAGGACAACUCUCCUGUCCACUGUUAUCUCCCGGAAACUUGAAACAACUUUAUGACCGCCUUAACUUGUUUUGUGCAGGAUUAACGUCACAUAAAGCUCCGGUUGAGCUGUUGUGAUGGAGGAACCACUGAGCAUCGUAAACGUUUGCCUGACGGGACAUAACUGGAGACACACAGUUUGAAACUACAAGCAUGCCUCGCCCUUCUUGGAGCAGACUGUCUCCAUGGAUAGAGAGUCUGAUCCUGAGCUAUGGCAGCCGGGAGGGGAGCAGCAGCGGGCGGCUGAAGGCUCAUGUCAUCGGGGUGGGUCAGAUGUCUCAGUCCCAGGCUCAGGGUUCUGAGGGCCCCACAGGGCUGCUCUUUCUGUCAGACGGAGUGCUUCAGAUCCCUGCCAUUCUCACUGCAGCAGCCUGGGAGCAUCUUCAGGAGCAGGAGGACCGCGAGUGUUUCACCAGUCUGCUCAACACCACGGUGUGCAUUCAGGACUACCGGCUGCAGUUUCACAUGGCUCACGAACAGACUAAAUGCAGGUUCUUCAUAUCAGUUGGAGAGCUGGCUACGACCGCAGCCGGUCCAAUUAAAGACAACACCCCUUGCUGCACAACACUGCCCUCCAUCAGGAUGAAGAUCUAUACGACAUGGAGGGCCCUGCUGGGUCAGGAGGUGCAGGACUCUCAGAAGGGCCAGUGUGGGUAUGAUCUGUCGGAGCUGCUGGGGGAGUGGCAGCAUGACUGUCUGCAGGCUGUGCUGGAGGAUGUUAGGGUGAGGCUGAAGAUGGCGAGCAGCCGCCCCGUGAGCCCGCAGCCCUCCACUUCGACUUCCACCUCAUCGCUCACCCACCAAGACACAUUCUCUGCCACGAGCUGGGAUGUCGACAGGGUCAGAUACAAAGGAGUGAAAGGUUUCAGUGUCCCCUUAAAGUGUCUUCUCAUCCCAGAGGAAGAGGCUCAGCAGCUGCAAACACCACCAAAUGUUGGAAGUAGAAUGCUGAGUGGGCUUUCUGCUGCCUCUCAGGAUAGGAAAAAACCUUCAGAGACCACACAGCCCUCUGUUGAUGCUGCAGAGUGGCGAAUAGCCAAGCCAGCAUUUGUAGAGGCAGAUCAUGACGUCAGUGAAAACUCACCUCUUCCUGCGGAGGACAGCAUGCUACAUGAGGACGUAGUCGAAGGGAUGAUUGACAGUGACAUCAGGCCUUUAUCCAACCCCUGGGACAUGUUUCCUCCAUGUGACAUCUCCUCCUCUGAUGCAUCACCAGAAGCAACACCAAAGCAUGAUGAUGCUGCGGUCUUAACCAGCACGCAACUUCUUGCCCGCAGUUUGAAGGAAUCCCUGCUGACAUCAGAGCACAGCUACCUCCCACCUUACCAGAAACUGCCCCAUUCAACUAGCCUCCCCGCCAUUACCAGUUCUUCAACUUCUGUGAGUCCACCAGAGCCCUGCGCCAGACCGUCAAACCUGUUGCCUGCCACAGACGAACACCCCAACAAAACGGCCCAACAAAAUCUGGCUUUGGAUCAAGAAAGCCAGAUUUUGGAGGAGACUGUUGAGAGAAAGUAUAGAAAGGCAAAGAGAAAGAGAAGUGAGCCCACAACGGAAGCACUGAAAACCUUAGCGGAGGAGGAAGAUGAGGAAGCUCAGAUCAGCGGGAGCCCUCCAUCUUGGCUCUUUGACACUCAGGCGGGCUCCGGGGCCGAAGAGGGCAGCGGUCACAAACAGGUUCAAACUGUAGGGACUGUCUUGAGAAGGACUCCAACUGUUCACAGCGAUGGCAGGCCGUUCUCUUACUCCUACCAAGUGUCUGGGCAGAAUCUGCAGGAUUUCAGUCAAUUCAAAGUUGCUGAAUCCUUGCUGCAGUGGGCGGUGAAGUAUCUUGUUGUUCCAAAGCAGACAGACAACCCACACAUCACAUCAGUGACCUCUAAUUAUACAUCGUCUGACAGGGUUGAGGUCACUUCCCUUUAGGUUCAAAAUGUUGAAAGAUCAUUGUUCUGGUAUUAUGUCAGUGUAGACUCGAGCAGCUCUGUAAAGUCGAGUCUAUUUAGUUCAUACCGUACAAAGUCUUAAGCAGUGAGUAAAAUGACUAUUUUUGGAUUUUCACUGGGAAACAUUUUAUAAAAUAAAAUACAGAAAACACAA